AGGCACAGACCCAGCAUGCACACCUGGGCUCCUUCCCAGUGCUCGCCAGGAGGGCAUCAACCCCAGCCUAACCAAGGCCCGGUGGUCCUGCUGGCAGUGCCAGGCUGAGACGCUGGGCUCCUUUGUGCCCCUCUCAGCUCUGCAAUAGGCUGAAGCAAACACAAACGCUGCAGCAGGUUUCAGUCCAAGCUGAAGGAGCAUCUUGUUGUUUUCUCAGACCAGGCUGAGUGUGUAUCCCUGCUGUCACUUCCCCAGUGUCACCUAUGCCCCCUCUCUGUCGCCUGCUGUGGGGUGGGGGUAGAAGGCAUGCAAAGGGUGGGAGAGCUGGAGACUGCAGACUGUAGGCAUGCAGCUCAUCCCCGUCUGCUUGUGAGAGCACCCCUGGUGCAAGGACAUGGGGACACUGUGCAAACCCCAAACCAGGGGCAGGUACAAGGGAAAGCUGCAGCUAAUUGUGGGUCUGGCUAGCAGCAGGUGGGAAAGGUGCUCAACAGAAGGGAGGUAUUCUUUGUUAUUAGUUUCAAAGCCGACUCAUCAGAAACCACUUCGCAGAAUGAAACCCUACAAAGGGUCAAAUGGCUCUUCUGCAAAGAUCCCUCAGAGCCACCACCAUGCCAAGGAGCCGAGGGGAAGCGGGAGGGUGGUUGGCAGGACACCCAGGGACAAGGAGCUGUGGGGGUGGGGUCUGCUGGGCUGCCAGCACGCUGCGUGGGGCAGCAGGAUCCCAUCUGGCACAGGCACACAUCUGGCCAUGGGCAUUCACCCAUCCAAGGUUGACAUCACCACCCAUUCUGCACAGGGGAAGUGCUCAGAGAGUUCUGAUACCAGGAAGGAUCCUCCUGAGAGGCAGUUGCACAGCAAAACCACAGAAAAGAGGAAGUCCUUGAGUACUUCAGGCCAGAGCCAGCAGCUGCCCGUGGCCCCAGACAGCCGUCACCUUCCCUGGCUGCACCGUCCCACGCCGUGCCGCGGUCCCUUCCAUGGGAGCUGCCAGCAGACCCCAGGCACCAUGUCCAGGGCACUGCUGCUGCUGCGGUGGUUGUGGGGCCGGCCCAGUGCGAAGGCAGCGGUAACUGCAGGGCUGUUGGUCAUCGUGCUCUGGAACCUGAAGUGCUUCAUCCGCUCAUCCAACAGCUCUGAUGAAGCCCUCAAGCACACGAAGGUGCUGACGGUCCUGGUGUGGGAAUGGCCCUCGAGGCAGGUCCCAGACUUCAGCGGGGAUGUCUGUUAUGAGCAGUACGGCAUUGCAGGCUGCCGGCUCAGCACGGAGCGGUGGCUCCUGAGCCAGGCUGACGUGGUGGUGUUCCUUCACACCACCCUCCCGCAUGGCAGGGACAAGCUGCCCCAGGACAGACCGCAUGGGCAGGGCUGGGUCUGGGUGUCCUUGGAGUCCCCCACCAACACGAGAGCGUUAGCAGGAUGGAACCAGACCUUCAAUUGGGUGAUGACCUACAGACGGGACUCGGACAUCUUCAUGCCCUAUGGCAAGCUGGUGCCCAACCGGUCAGCCACUGUGAGCAUCCCCACAAAGACCAACUUGGUGUCCUGGGUUAUCAGCAACUAUCACAGGACUCAGAAAAGAGCUGAAGUCUAUAAGAACCUCUCCAAGUAUCUCCACGUGAACAUCUAUGGGAAAGCAGCCAAGAAGCCGCUUUGCAAGGAUUGCCUUUUGCCCAUGACAUCCAAAUCCAAGUUCUACCUGGCCUUUGAGAACUCCAUCCACCAGGACUACAUCACUGAGAAGCUCUGGAGGAAUUCUCUGCUGGCUGGCACCGUGCCGGUGGUGCUGGGUCCCCCCCGGGCCAACUAUGAGCAGUUCAUCCCCGCAGACUCAUUCAUUCAUGUUGAUGACUUCAGUUCCCUGGAGGAUUUGGCCACCUUCCUGAAGACCAUGAACUCCAGUCGCUACCAGCAGUUCUUUGCGUGGCAGAAGAGGUACAGUGUGAAGCUCUAUGCAGAUUGGAGGGAGCGCAUCUGCACCAUCUGUGCCGUGUACCCCCACCUGUCCCAGGGCCACCUCUAUCCUGACCUGCAGAGCUGGUUCAACACCUAGUGCAGGGCUGGCACCUCCAGAGACAUCAUGGGUGCAUUAGGGUGGCAGAGAGUGGUCUUUGAGAACAGGAUGUCAGGCAGGGAGGAUGUAGGACUUCAUCUUGGCCCCACUGUUGCCACACUGUGACCUUGUGCAAUGCCAUGUGACAGAACUUCCUGCACACCACGACCAACCCAUACUGACCUCCCUCUCCGUGCAACCACCGUGAAAUAAACAGCAGAUUUCCUGA